AUGAACAAAGUUAUUUGUCUUCUUUCACUAUUGUUGGCUACUUCUUAUGCUCUUUAUGAUUCACGUUCAAAAGUAUAGCUACUUACUCCUUAAACUUUCAAAGAGAAAGUGUUAAAUUCUAAAUCUCUUUGGAUAGUUGAAUUCUUUGCACCAUGGUGUGGUCAUUGUAAAGCACUUGCACCUGAAUAUGAAAAAGCAGCCAAAACAUUAGAAGGAAUUGUCAAUAUUGCUGCUGUAGAUGCUGAUGCUCAUAAAGACCUUGGAGGAUAAUAUGGUAUUUAAGGAUUCCCUACUAUCAAAUUUUUUGGAGAUAAUAAAAGUUCUCCUUAAGAUUACCAAGGUGAAAGAUCAGCCUAAGGUAUAAUCAAUUUUGCAUUAGAAUAAGUCAAAUCAGUAAUUUAAUUUUCUAUUUAUUUUUAGACUGUUAAUGGUAGAUAAAAAGGUGGAUCAUCUAAUAAAAAUUAAUAAAAAUAAUCUUCAGGUUCUGGAUCUAAUUCUGGAUCAGGAUCAGCUGAUGAUGUAAUUGUACUUACAGAUUCAACAUUUGAUGAAAAUGUUUUAAAAUCAAAAGAUUCUUGGUUUAUAGAAUUUUAUGCUCCUUGGUGUGGACAUUGUAAAAAACUUGAACCAGAAUGGAAUAAAGUAGGAUCAGAACUUAAAGGAAAAGUUAAAGUUGCUAAAAUAGAUGCAACUGCUAAUACAUAAUUAGCUACUCGUUUUGGAGUUUCAGGAUAUCCUACAUUAAAAUUCUUCCCUGCUGGUUUUUCUAAUGAUUCAGAAGCACUUCCUUAUGAUGGUGCUAGAGAUUCUUCUGCUAUGAUAGAAUUUGCUUUAGAAUAAUCUAAUAAAUCAAAAAAAGUAGAAGUUUUAGAAUUAUUAUCAAAAGAUAUCUUAAAAGAAUCUUGUAUUGAUUAUAAUGGUAUUUUCAUUAUAUAUUUUAGGUGUAUGUAUUAUUGCUUUUCUACCUCAUAUUUAUGAUAGUAAUAAAUAAGAAAGAAAUCAAUAUAUUAAUUAAUUAUUAGAAGUUGCUAAAUCACUUAAAAAUAAACCUGUUAAUUUCUUAUGGACUCAAGGUGGUGAUAAUUAUGAAUUUGAAGAAGCAUUCUAAUGUGCUGCUGCUCAUCCUUCUGUUAUGGCUUUAAGUGGUAGAAAAUCUGUUUAUGCUAAACUUAAAGGAGCCUUUAGCAAAUAAAAUAUUGAAUAGUAAUUUUAAAUAUAUUUAAAAUUUUAGAUUUGUGAAUAAUGUAUUAAAUGGAAGAGAACACUUUAAUCAAUAUUCUCAACUCCCUAAUUUUAAAAAAGUUGAAAAAUGGGAUGGAUAGGAUCAUAAACCAGUUUAUAAUGAUGAAUUUUGAAUAGUAUGU